CCGUAUGCGGAUAACAAGGCAAGACGCUGUUGUCGUUAAGAAGAAUGCGCCUCUUGUAACAGACCUAAAUGGACACGAGCACAGUUUAUUGAGUAGAAAAAUGCGCUAAUGGCUUCUAGACAUUUUAAAGAUGAAUCCGACAUACGCGAAAAUAAGGAGGACGAAGGAGGGAGCGAAACUGAUUCUGAUGCAUCAAGUUACAGUUACUCAGAUUACUCCGAUGACCUGGUUCCGGAAUGGCUGGAUGACGUCCAGAAGAACGGUGAACUCUUCUAUCUGGAGCUGAGUGAGGGAGAGGAAGAAGCUCUGCUGGCCCAGGUCUCUGCCAGUCACUCCGCUGCCACCAAUCACGUCCGCUUCAGCGAAAAGGAGGCGGAGAUCAUCACAGACAAUGGCAAAAAGCAAGCGGCCUCCAGCAACAAAACCGAAGCAAAACUCAAGAAGUUCACCAAGAUCCUGAGGCGAAAGCGGCGACCAUCUCAAAGGAAAGCCGCUGAUGGAAAAGACGCAGGGUCUUCCCAGCGUCCCACCUCCAUCUUGAAGAAUCAAGCGGGCCAGCGGCCUGGAGUCGUGGUCCAGCAGCAGCGUCUGAAGGAUGUGUGCGUGUAUCUGAACCCCAAACGUCUCGGCGGUUCCUCAUCUCCGUCUCCUGAGAGAGGCGGUUUGUUAGAGGCCUUGCUGGGUGUCGUUCACCGUCCAGGAGGAAAUGCAGGGAAAAAAGGGGGAAAACUCAUCAUCCAUGGUCUGGUCCCUCACAGUCCCGCUAGCAAGUGUGCGGAAAUUCUUAUCGGUGAUGCCCUGGUUGCUGUGGACGAUGUGGAUGUUACUUCAGAAAACAUUGAGAGGGUUUUGUCAUGUAUACCGGGCCCCACACAGCUGAGGUUGACUCUGGAGACGGUCUGUCCCGCCGGGAGGGCUCCGGACUCGAGAGCGAAAGCGGCUCCUGUGGUCAGUCAGCUGGUGCGUCUGCUGUGGGGCGAGGACACUGUCGAGCUCCAGAUGUCCAUCGCACAUGUCCCACACAUAGUCAUGUACCUCUCGCUCAAACUGGACUCCGAUUCGCCGCAGGAUGAGCAGGAGAUUUUGUACCAGUAUCCGGCGUCUGAAGCCGCGGUUCAGCUGAAAGCGGUGAGAGGUAUUUUCCUGACGCUGUGUGACAUGCUGGAGAACGUCACGGGAGGACAGAUAGUCAGCUCGUCUCUGUGGCUCCGGCAGCAGUUGGUUCAUGUGGGCUACUGGAAGGAAGGAUCCAGUCUGCUGGUGAUCGCUGUACCUGCCAGCAGGGUGCCUCUGUUGUAUCUGCAGACUGUGAUUGAGGGAGCUGUCCGAACGCUCAAGGUCAUGCACGGCUCUCUUGACAGCUGCUUCUGUGAGGAGGAGAACGCUCCUCGUCUGGAUCACUUCUUCUGCCUCUUCUUCCAGCAGCUCAUCCAGCCGUGGCGUUUGAUUGACAGCUCCAGACCGCCCAGCCCUGACAUCUCUGGGAGCCUGUUCUUAGACGGGCUGCCGGCCGUCUGCUGGCUCACUUUACCAGCAGACAUAAAGGUGGAAGUGGACACUGUGCUCUCAGACUUUGAGUCGUCAGAUUUUGGUGACAUGUCUGAGGAUUUCUAUGGCAUGAGGCGUCUGUACGUCAUUUUGGGCUCCUGUCUGUUUUACAAGGGAUAUCUCAUAGCGAACCACCUGCCUAAAGAAGACCUUCUGGACGUGUGUUUGUACUGUCAGCAUUACUGUCUGCUGCCGCUGGCGUCUGAGCAGCGCGUGGGGCAGCUGGUGGUGUGGAGGGAGGUGUUUCCACAGCGGAGAACCCAGAACAACACCGCAUCACAUCCUGGAUACUGCGAACCACACGGAAGACACUUCCUGCUCAUAGUGGGCCUGCUUUGCAUCACAGAAAUAAAUAUGGGGCGGAGUCUGUUCGGGGAGGCGGGGUCAGGCUCGUCAAGUCUGAGAGGACGGAGACCGAGUCCACAGAGGAGUCUGUCUGACAGCGGCAGUGAGGGUCACGCCGACGGGACGCCGUCCUUCACAUCGGGUCUGAGUCCUCAUUCCACACCGGACGCAGUGCACCGGAUGCCCUCUAGUGGCACACGCAGAGACUCCCUGGGCUCGGGAGGGUCAGACGGCAGCCUGGGCAGCGCAGGAUUUUUCAAGAUUCCCAGGUCGAAGCAUCCUAACCCUUUCUAUUUGGGCUCGCUGAGGAAGAGUCUGACUGACAGAGAGACUGAGGAGAUGCACAGCGUUCUCAAACUGACGGCGGGCGCUGAGAACACACUGUUCCAUUAUGUGCUGAUGGAGACGGUGCAGGGCAUCUUCAUCGCUCCCACACACAGAGAAAUGAAUCAUCUGAGCGGCUCCAUCCACCCUCAGCUCAUCCAGAACUUCUACCACUGCUGUCUGUCCAUACGCCAGGCCUUCCAGCAGAGCCUGCCCUCACGGGUAACACACCUCAAACACUGA